CGACCGGUUCAAUUCGCUUCACUAGCUUAGUUUGGUUCGCGACGUCCUUCAAACGGUUUCGUUUAUUCUCUCUAGAGCUAGGCCAGGAACCACCCUUUCUCGUGGCGUUGCAGGUGGCUCCAGAAGAUUUCGCUGCUAGAUAAAGUUCUUUUCGGUAGCAGUUUUUCCGGCCGUAUUUUGACUACCGAUCAGUGGAAUUGUUCCAACUGUGCAUUAAUAAUUAGGCAGCGAGUAAAGACAUAAGCCAUGGCUUCGCGACUGAGAAGGUUCGGCAUUACGGCCGCAGGCGUCGCCCUAGGCGCUGCUCUGACCACUUACGCGUUGAAAACCAGCGAUAUUUCGCCACAUCAUGUUCAAAUGGAAGAGCAACGGGUGCGCCGCAAGCGAACGUUGCCAUCCCGUGCCGACCAGGUGAAGGCCCUGCAGAGUGGUGAAGAGUUCGAUGUGCUGAUCAUCGGUGGAGGCGCUACCGGGGCGGGUUGUGCCUUGGAUGCGGUGACCCGUGGGCUAAAGACGGCCUUGGUUGAGCGGGACGAUUUUGCCAGCGGUACGUCGUCCAAGUCGACUAAAUUGAUUCACGGUGGCGUGCGGUACCUGCAAAAAGCUAUCCUGGGGUUGGAUAUAGAACAAUACCGAAUGGUGAAGGAAGCUCUGCAUGAGCGUGCGUCGAUGCUACGGUCGGCUCCACACUUGACCCGGCCGUUGCCGAUAAUGUUGCCAGUCUAUACGUGGUGGGAAAUUCCUUACUUCUGGGUGGGCAUUAAGGCCUACGACUUCGUGGCUGGCGAUCGUAACGUCAAGAGUUCGUACUACCUGUCCCGGGAGGAUGCCUUGGAAUUGUUCCCUAUGCUGAGGGGUGACAAGCUGCGUGGUGCCAUCGUUUACUACGAUGGUCAACAAGAUGACGCAAGAAUGUGCUUGGCCAUCUCACUAACAGCAGCCCGACACGGAGCCGCUAUUACGAACCACGUCGAAGUGUUGGAACUGCUGAAGAAGAAAAACGCAGCCGGAAAGAACGUUCUGUGUGGAGCCAAGGUCCGUGAUAACAUCACCAAGAAGGAGUGGACCAUUAAGGCAAAGUGCAUUAUCAAUGCCACCGGGCCGUUUACGGAUUCGAUUCGACAGAUGGAUAACCCGACCGUCAAAGAGAUCUGCUGUCCAAGCUCAGGAGUUCACAUAGUGCUUCCCGGCUACUACAGUCCGGCUCAGAUGGGUUUGCUGGAUCCUUCGACUUCCGAUGGGCGUGUGAUUUUCUUCCUACCGUGGUUGAAUGGUACGAUCGCCGGAACAACGGAUGCUCCUUGUGACGUCACUCCCAGUCCGGCUCCAAGCGAGGAAGAUAUUCAGUUCAUUCUGAGUGAGAUUAAGAAUUAUCUCAACAAAGAUGUUGACGUGCGUCGAGGUGACGUGCUGUCGGCCUGGAGUGGCAUUCGGCCGUUGGUUUCGGACCCGAACAAGGGCGAUACGCAAUCGUUGGCUCGUAAUCAUAUUGUUCAUGUUAGUGAUUCGAACUUGGUUACGAUUGCUGGCGGAAAAUGGACAACGUAUCGUGCCAUGGCGGAACAUACGAUGGAUGCUGCCAUUAAGGCAUGUGACUUGAAACCGGAACGUGGAUGCGUUACCGAUGGACUGUUGAUUGAGGGCGCGCAAGGUUGGACUCCGACUAUGUACAUUCGGUUGGUGCAGGAUUUGGGGCUGGAAGUUGAGGUUGCCAAACAUUUGGCUAUCUCCUACGGAGAUCGUGCAUUCGCUGUGGCCAAGAUGGCUUCGCUUACCGGCAAGCGGUGGCCCAUCAUCGGCAAGAAGCUGCAUCCCGAGUUUCCGUACAUCGAUGCUGAGGUUCGGUACGGUGUUCGUGAGUAUGCUUGCAGCUGCGUGGAUAUGAUCGCCCGUCGCCUCCGUUUGUCGUUUUUGAACGUUCAGGCGGCAAGUGAAGCUUUACCGUACAUUGCUGACAUUAUGGCUGAAGAGCUGAAGUGGUCUAAGGAAGAGAGGGAGAAACAAAUCAAGGAAUGCGAGCAUUUCCUGCAGACGCAGAUGGGUCAACAGGUUAAUCGUCAGCUGAAGGAGAAGAUUCCCAUCAAUCUGUCCAAGGAUGAAGUUAACCAGUAUACCAAGCGCUUCGAGACGAUCGACAAGGACAAGAAGGGAUACGUUUCGAUCACAGACAUUAAGCGAGCCAUGAAAUCAUUCGGCGAUGCUGAGGUCAGUGGUGAGGAGCUGCACGAAAUUCUCCGCGAAAUCGAUUCCAACAUGAACGGACAGGUGGAGUUGGAUGAAUAUCUACAGAUGAUGUCCGCCAUCAAGUCCGGCAAUAUCUCGCAUUCGCGUUUCGCAGCCGUUGCCGAACAGGAGGAGAUCCGCAAGGAGCAGGAACGACUGCGGAAGCAAAUCACCGUCGACCGUUCGGGAGGCGGUCAACGAAAGUAAUCUAAAGCAUGUGAAUUAAAGUGAAAGUUGCAUUAUCAACCGGAGUGCAAUUUUUUACAAGAAGCUAAGUCGGCUCGGUUUGAGCUGCGUUGGCUUCUGCAGAUGAUUUUUUUUUCUGUUUAAUUUGCCUGCCAUUUUCUGUCUAUGUGUUGCUGUAAAUAUUAAUCGCAAAAGAAAAACCCAUCGACGAUCCUCAGGAAGGGAUCUCCAUUGUAUACCUUCACAGCCUUCGAUGAUGAAGUUAUUUAUGAACCAUUACAAAUAGGAUAGGUAACAGUUAACAGCAUUUCCCUAAGUGAAAGAUGCCCGCCAACUAAUUUAUAUCGGUACAACAGUAGCACAGUUUAUUUAUUGACACCGUCAUCAACAAGCAAAAUCAACCCAUCAUCAUCACGACAAAGCACAUAGAUAGUAUUCAGCGAAAUUCGAAACAAUGAACUUUUGUGUCAAUUGGAUGUGAUAUGACUCAAUUCGGUGCACUGUUGUAGCAGGAAGCGCACGAAACUUUUGCGUAAGGACUGUUGCUAAGAACUUUCCGGUUAAAACUGUUAUUUAACAUGUCUUGUUAUUUAUAUGUAAGAUUAAGAGUGACCUGUUCGAAUGUAUCAAAACUGUUCCAGGCGUAUUUUUUUUAAAUAUAUACAAAUCGCCUGUGUGUAACGGUUCCGGACUCUAAAAAAACGCACUUGCAGUAAAACUGUGUACUUUCUUGAAAGCCUGAAAUCAUUUUAAAGUGUGUGUGUGUCAGUUAAUGUACAAUUUCGUUAUCGACGCAAUUCGAGCAAAUAAAGGAUUUGAAAUCAAAAAGAAUACAGCUAUGGGUUGCAUUUUCGUAGUAAGUACAGUCGAAUAAUAGCGACAUCUUAAGAGACCGUCGUUAUAGAGAAAUGUCGCCAUAGAAUGAAUAAUUUUUAUUAUUGUGAAGCAGAAGGGACCAUUGAGAAUGUCGCUAUAGAGAGAUUUGUCGCUAUAUAAAUUGUCGUAAUAGAGA